AUGAGGAAUCUGUGCUGGCUACUGGCUGUUCCCAUGGCAAUCACAAGUUUUUUGUUUCGAUUGAAAGUUAUAUCCUCUUUCCGUGUGCAGCUGCCCUUGGGUUGUGCCAUUGUGGGUGCAGGACGCGAUCUCCUGCUGACGCCGAAGCAGGGACACCAGCUGAGCGGCAAGCGCAUCUUCUACGAGGAGCCGGCGGAGGAGCGAGUGCUCAGCCAGCGACGCAGCUCGUCGACGCGUCCUUGGGAGCGCACCCUGAAACAUGUCACAUACGUGACCCUCUUCACGGAUGCGGCCGUGGGCGCAGCAGCCGGAAAUCUCAGCCAGCUGCAUGAGUAUCACGACUUCCUGCAGACUCCAUAUGUGCCGGCGGAUGACCAGAUUGGAGCUGCAUUGGGCGGAGCGCCGUCCGCGCGCUUCGGCGACAUCAUGACCCUGGCCAAGGGAUACUUGGAGCAGCUUCCAGGACCGGGAAACGCAUCCUAUCGCUUCCUCGAGGGCGGCACGUGUUUCCAACUCCAAUGCCCCAGCGCCAGUGGCAAGCAGCGACGAGCCUUGUGGCAGGUGCAGCGCAUCCGUCAUCGGGACGGGGACACGGGGCGUCACUACCACUACGAGCUGAAGUUCAGUGUGACGCCGCUGGAGCACAACUAUCAUCACCACCCACACCCGAUGAGCUACAUCCAAAAGGAGUCCGACUAUCCGCGCAGCUUCGGGCGUUUGGCACACCAGGACCAGGACUUCCAGGCCCAGCGGCGCCAGGAUAGGCAGCGAUAUGGCGCUGGAGGUGGUGCUGCUGCGGAGCAGUCGCAGGCCACCUUUGUGCACGGCAUCUUUCAGCCAGCUCCGCCGCCGCCGCCCAAACUCAACAUCGGUGAGUAUUUAAAGGGCGCCGUAGCAGUGGCGCCAGGCAGUCCGAAGAUCGAGCUAUUUCCGGGACUGCUCAAUCUGGGACUGCGACCCAACUAUGUGGUACCCACCACCUUUCGUCCCAGCUACCCGGCUGCGCCGAAAUUUGGCCCUCAUCCGGAAUUGGAAAGAUUCCCCAGCCCCAGCGGUGAACUGGGCAAUGCUGCGACUCCGGGUGAAUUGGGCGCCAUUUCGGGCGGCGUAACCCAUCAUUUCCAUCACCAUUUCUAUGUGGCACCCGGUGCCGGUGCUGCCCAGCUGCAUCCGGAGUUGGGCUAUCGCUUGCCCAGCUCCUCGCCGCCCGAACCGACCACACCGCCAAACUUGUAUCCCCAGCAACAGACGGUGCAGUUUCCCAGCUCCAAUUCGGGUUCGUCGGAGUCGCUGGAGGAACAAGAGCAGGAUUUACUGCUGCGCACACCACAAAUCUAUGGACAGGCGUCCAAGUAUCAAACCGCCAAACUGCCACCAUUGCUCAUCUAUGCGGGCGGCAGUGCUGGCGAUGAGGACAAGUCGUUUGUGCAGAGCGAACCACUGGAGGAAUCCGUCUAUCGCUACUCCGAGCCAGAUCCCCUAUAUGUGCAUCAGAAUCCCAUCGAUGUGCUGCCGCAGGAGGAGGAAACCGAGAAGACACCGCCAGUCGAAGUGCAGGACGGGGACCAAAAGCGAGGGGAACAGCGGCCAGUUUCGGUCAGUUUGGAGCAACCGAAGCUGACCACCACUGCAGCAGCAACCAGCACAACCACUGAGACGGCGAGGACGGAGAGAUCGACGACACCACGAGAGAUUCCCACCACGAGUGCCAGCUUUGUGUCCACCUCCACGCACUUUAGUCCACUGCGCUCCAUCAGCAGGUAUCGCACCACGCCAAAGAUAACAGCUGGACGAUCCACCACAACCACUACAUCCACGAGCACGCAACCACCGCUGAGCAAGUGGGCCAAGCGGCGAAGGGAGCAGGACAGCAAGGCUAAGAGCAGUCAUCGCCACGAAGCCUUCGUUAGCACCACUUCAUCCCCCACUUCACCCACUACCACCACAACUUCCAGCACACAAACGCCGCCGUCCACAACCGCUGCAUCCACGCGUGUUCCAAUGGCGCCACUCCUGCUGCCGGCACCAUCCAAGGAAGUGGUGGAGGUGCUCACCCAGAAAUCGGUCAGCCGAUCCGUGAGCAUCAAGGUGGGCGAGAACGGCGAGGAGAUACCCAUCAUUGUGGACGACGAUGAGAACGAGGUGAAGCCAGUGCUUAAUACUUAACUUCCCUACCCUAAAAUCCUAAUUAUCCUACACGUAAGCCUAGUCGUAAGCAGACUUAAUCCCACAAUAAAGGCAUGUAAUCCGUAAGGCAAGGGGCCAC